AGGAGCAGCGGGGCGGCUGCGGGAGUGCGGGGCGAAAGCUGCGGGAUCGGUUUCUCUCGGCGCGGGAGCCACGCCGGGGAGGUGCCUCCCCUCCUUCUCCGGUCCCACCUCGACGGCGAGAUGGAGGUUGGUGUUUGCAAACAGGAGAUGCUCCAGAAGAAGAAUGCUGUUUUGGUGGAUGGGGUCAUCCUAAAUGGUCCAAUAAUGGACUCAAAAGCAGGAGAGAAGUUUGUGGAAGAGGCGUGUAAGAUUAUAAUGGAAGAAGUUAUCCAGAAAGCUGAUGAUGUAACAGAAAAGGUCUGUGAAUGGCAAGCCCCUGAAACUCUUAAACAGAUUCUUGACCUGGAAAUGAGAGACACUGGAGAAUGUCACCAGAAACUCCUGCAACUCUGCCGGGAUGUUAUACGAUACAGCGUCAAAACCAGUCAUCCAAGAUUUUUUAAUCAGCUCUACGCUGGAAUAGAUUAUUACUCGUUAGUGGCUCGUUUUAUUACAGAAGCACUGAACCCAAGUGUAUAUACAUAUGAAGUAUCCCCUGUGUUUCUUUUGGUGGAAGAAGCAGUCAUCAAGAAAAUGAUUGAGUUCAUAGGCUGGGAAGAGGGUGAUGGCAUAUUUAAUCCAGGUGGCUCUGUUUCUAAUAUGUAUGCUAUGAACUUAGCAAGAUACAAGUUUUGUCCUGAGAUAAAGGAGAAAGGGCUUUCAGGUCUGCCAAGACUAGUCAUGUUCACUUCAGAAGAGUGUCAUUACUCCAUGAAGAAGGCAGCCUCCUUCCUGGGUAUUGGUACAGAGAAUGUUUACUUCAUCAGAACAGAUGAAAGAGGUAAGAUGAUACCUGAGGAACUGGAGAAACAAGUCCAGCGGGCCAGGAAAGAGGGGUCAGCACCAUUUCUUGUCUGUGCUACAGCAGGCACAACAGUGCUGGGAGCAUUUGAUCCUCUGGAUAAAAUUGCUGAUAUCUGUGAAAAGCAUGGCCUCUGGCUUCAUGUUGAUGCUUCUUGGGGUGGCUCGGCUUUGAUAUCAAGGAAGCACUGCAGACUUCUUCAUGGCAUCCACAGGGCUGAUUCUGUUGCCUGGAAUCCCCAUAAAAUGUUGUUGGCAGGAAUACAGUGCUGUGCUCUUCUGGUGAAAGACAACUCUGGCCUUCUGAAGAAAUGUUACUCUGCUGAGGCUGCAUACCUGUUCCAGCAGGACAAGUUCUAUGAUGUCAGCUAUGACACUGGUGACAAGUCCAUUCAGUGCAGCAGACGUCCGGAUGCAUUCAAAUUCUGGCUGAUGUGGAAAGCAUUGGGAACAACAGGCCUGGAGGAGAGAGUAAACAGGGCACUGGCUUUGGCAAGAUAUCUAGUGGAGGAAAUUAAAAAAAGAGAGGGAUUUCAGCUUCUUUUGGAGCCGGAGUUUGCAAACGUCUGCUUUUGGUACAUUCCACCAAGCUUAAGAGAAAUGGAGGAUGGACCUGAGUUUUGGCAAAAGCUGCACCAGGUUGCUCCUAUAAUUAAAGAGAGGAUGAUGAAGAAGGGCAGCAUGAUGCUUGGGUACCAGCCUCACCGGGGCAAAGUCAACUUCUUCCGUCAGGUGGUGAUCAGCCCACAAGUUAGCCGAGAGGACAUGGACUUCUUGCUGGAUGAAAUUGAACUUCUUGCUAAGGACUUGUAGCUGUAGAUCGACAGCAUCAGGUGCUGCUCACGUGUGAUAUUUAUGGAGAGAGAGUGGCAGCAGCAUUCUGGUGUUAUUCUGUGAAAGGUAGUAAAAAGCUUGACAUAUAGUUUGGAAACUGUCGUUGUAUAGAUUGAAGUUGAGAACUUUGCAGGUAGAACACCCCUUCACUGGAAAGUAUUUGCUGAUGGGGGCUGGGACAGGCUGGUUCUUGCAGCACCAUUGCUGCCAUUCUAAGAAGUGUUUCCUCGGGUGCACUUCUGCAAAUGGUAUCUAUGUCCCAAGGAAGGCAGCUAUUUUCUGGGUGCCUGUGCACAGUGUAGCUCAAACUGGUCACUUGCGUAUGCAGGCAAUAUUCCUUUGAAGUUGCUGUGAGGAGUGGUUUAGCUCAGUGAGCCUUAAGAUCCUAGUUAAUUAUCUACUCUGUCAAUAUUUUAGUUUGGUUGGUAAUUGAACUGAUAAGACUGGAAAUUUUGAACUUAUAUGAAGAGUUCCUCAAGGGCCCUAGCUAAGUGGAUUGCCCAGGUUUUUUGCUGUGAGCACAGGCAGACUGGAAUGAGGCUCACUGCAGUCACCACACUGGGAGGUUUGCAGGAACCUCCUGCACAAAGUCCUGAGUAACCAAUAUUGACCCUGCUUUGAGCAGGUUGAACCAGGUGACCUAUUAAGGUCCAUUCCAACCUACAGGAUUUUGUGAUUCUAGGAAACACAGUCAUUGGGUCCAGUCAGUGUUUGCCAGUGUUGUGCACCCAAAAUAUCACCACUGCUUUAGCACAGCUGAGAAUAUUGGAAUAACACUUAGAAUUUCUUAACUCUUUAACAAGAGUUACCUACCAUUUCUGAACUACUGUUUACCUUCUUCUAUUUUUAAAGUAUAAAGAUUUAUUUAGAAGCUUUUAGAUGCACUUUAAAAUUAUAACAGAGAAAAAAUAUAUAUUUACCCAAAAGAUGCAUAUUUUUGUGCAUAGUGACUAUAUAUUAAUAAUAUAGCAAAAUUACUUAUUUGUCAUUAUUUGUUUUGUAUUUUGCUACAGAUUUGAGAUGACUUGAUCUUAUGUUAUCAGUGUAUAAUUUGUAAUUUGACUCUGAAAUUACAGUAGUAGUGAUCAGAGAAGAUCUUCCUGUGAUUUUAGAAUAUGAACAGCUUGAACAUUUUUGGUCAAUCUUAGGUUAGAAAACUAAGUUCUGCACUUUGUGUUUAUGUUAAGAGUUAAAGUGUAUCUUUCAUCUGUUUUUAUUCUAUAAAAAUGAUCUGUUUUAUAAAGAUAGAAAUUUAUUUCUUGGGAUGAAGUUCUUGCAGCAAACUAAUGGAAAUAGCCAUGUCUUUCACCUUGUAACCAACAUCUACUUAAGUCUAACGUUUUGAUGUUUGUUCCUUAUUCUGUAUUUGAGGUAGCACUGACCAAUAUGAACCUUUCUGCUAUAAUGUUUUCUGUCCUGAAAGCUGUCUUUAAAAAUAACACUUUCUCAUUUUCAUUUCCUACACUGUACUAGGAUCCAACAUUGCAUGAAAUUCCUACUUCCAAUCUCCAAGAAGAUGGUGUGAAAAGUUUAGCAAGGUCUUGAUAACCAAGGAGGUCACCCUAUCAGAGCAGUAGUUAGGAGCAAGAGUCAUCCUGCAGCCCCUGACAGAUGCCUUUAACAGUGUCCUGGAGGUGAAUACACUUGUGCUAUCAUAGUGAUCUAAUGAACUUUAAAGCAAACCCAUGUUGAUAGUAAUAUAAAAACGAGUAUCAUAAUGUGGGCCCUAGAUUUUGCCUUUUAAUACUCACAAAUCACUCAAUCAUUAACUGACUUGUCUUCUGCCUGUACCAGCUACCAGGAUCUUAGAAAGCCCAUACCUAAAUUCAGGGCCCGUGAGGCUUGUUUUGCCUCCCGGUCACUCUGGGUGGAGUGCAAAGUACACAAGGAGUGCUGGAUGGAUGGGAUGACUUUGGUGUUGCUUCCUGAGUUAGACAAGAUUGUUAUCCCUUCUCCUUCUUUUUUUUUUUGACCUUGAAGGGAAAGACAAUACAGUGUCAGGAUGUUUUGUUUAUGGUGAGUACUUGAUUUUUGAUUCAUGAAGAAGUUAUGACACCUUUCAUCAGCACCACCACUAUCAAAGAAGUGUUACUGUCUUGUUUCUCUUCAUGUUUUUAGUGCAUUUCUCUGUUUCCAGAUACUGUAACACUUAUGGCACAUGUAAGACUGAAGUAACACAGUUUGUUUCUGUAACAGUAGUGGCUAUAGUAUUUUUAAAUGAGAGCAAGCUGGAACUUCUUUUGUGUUUGCAAAAAAUAGGUCUCUGAUCAACAUGUGCACUGAUUUCUUCAAAGCUAUAGGUUAACCUUCCAGUGUGAUGUGAGUACCUUAUCUAAUCUCCAUAUAAUUUGUAUUAUUUCUGACGCUUUAUCAUGUCCCAGGUGCACAAUAUUUCAGGACUAAUGUAAUUUUCUUAUUGUUGCUUAUUUAGAACUAGUAUGUACAAAAUAUCUAUUUUGUAGCUGGUGAUUUUAAUAAAAAGUGAAGUAAAUGACAACCUUAUAAUUAUA